AUGGUCCCCGAGGCCAGUGAGGGCGCGGUCCUGGUAGCCCUCAAGUACCUGUAUCCGGCGACUGUCUUCCUUUAUUUCUUUGCCGCAUCUCUGCUAGCCUCCUGCACUCUGCAGGCUCUCAAGAAGAGCCAGAGUGCUCGGCCAGAGCGGCCCAGCCGACGGGCUGUCAUCAUCUUACUCGGAUGUCUCCUGUUGACAUACGUGGCCCAAAUCACCAUUCUCGGCACACAAUCAAUCAUUACAAAGUCUGCCCCCAUUGAACAUGCCCUCAUCAACUAUCUAUCAUGUAUUCUCGUCUUUGGUAUCUUGUUUAUUCAGCUGAUUGAGUCCGAAACCGUGGUGUGGUAUCCUUUUCGCGGAUCAUGGUUCCUUGCAUUGUGUUUUGAGCUCUCCAUCUCAAUUUUGACAGCUUUCCAUCUAAAGCGAAGGGUACUAAGUCGCUUUGACGUCCUCCAUAUUGUGUUUAUCUCCCUGAGACUUGUGUCACUCUCCACUCUGGCGGCAUGGACUUGCUUGGGCCUAUGGUCGAGAGCCCCGCCGGUGUUGGAUGGAGAAAGACAGUCACUUCUGCCAGAACCUAAUGGCGACCAAACUGAGACUCAGGGACGCUCAGGGAAACUUGGAAACAACUCCAGCUAUGGCUCGACGGCGCAAAAUGAAAAUGCAUCCAGUAGCAACUCCGAGUCCCCGUGGCAAAGGCGACAGAGAGAAGGCCGUGAAAGUCUGGAGAAGAGGCUGGAAGAAGAGGGAAAUUGGUUUGAAUAUGCCAAAGGCUUCACGACCUUGUUCCCUUAUAUUUGGCCCGUGGGAAAUCGCAACUUGCAGCUACGAGCAGUAGCCGUUAUCCUAUGCCUUCUUGCCUCAAAUGCGCUUCAUUUGCUCAUUCCACGGCAGACUGGUAUCAUCAUGGACAUCCUUAGCAAGUCUUCUAGCAGUCCUUGGGCAGCCGUUAUCUUCUUCGCAGUUCUUCGACUAGCGGCUUCCGAAUCUGGCAUUGAGCUUGUCCGCUCAUGGCUAUGGAUACCUGUCAGAUACUACUCUCAAGAAGCCUUGACUCGGGCUUCUUAUUCUCAUAUAAUGCACCUAUCCGCCGAUUUCCACGAGUCGAAGACCCCAGGUGAUAUGGUAGCGGCCAUUUAUGGUGGAAACGCAAUUGCAAAUGCAAUCGAAAGCGUUUUACUCCAGGCUGCUCCUAUGCUGGUCGAUAUGUGUGUCGCCAUUGUCUAUCUUUCCAUUACCUUCGGCCCAUACGAAGGUUUAAUUACUGCGGCUACUGGAACUGUUUUUAUGAUACUUGCAACUCGCCUUGUAGCCGAAUCCAAAUCAGCUAGUCGCAAACGUAUGAGUGCCUGGUUUCGAGAGAAUAGUAUUCGAAACUCCGGUCUGACUGGGUGGCAGACUGCCAGUGCCUUCAAUCAAAUUGGCUUCGAGGAUAAUAGACAUGCCGAUGCUGUAACUAACCGAUGGCUUAAGGAGCAACAAUACCUGUUGGGCUGGUCUGUGUCCGUUGCCUUCCAAACUGUCGUUCUCACUGUAGGCCUCAUGGCAAGUGCAUUCCUCGCCGUCUUCCGAAUUCACAACGGGCAAGCGACGCCUGGGCAGUUUGCAAUGCUCCUCAUGUACUGGGCACAGCUUACUGCGCCGCUGCAGUUUUUCGCCAACCUUGGCAAGAAUAUGAGCGAUAAUCUCAUUAGUGCGGAACGGCUCUUGGCUAUCAUGAAGACCAAGCCCUCGGUAAAGAGUAAAAAGAACGCGCGACCAUUCAAGUUCAUCUCUGGAGAGGUCAAGUUCAAUAAUGUGCGCUUCAGCUACGAUACGAAAAGAAACAUCGUCGACUCCGUCAGUCUAGAUGUUCCAGCGGGCAUGACAGUGGCCUUUGUGGGUAAAACUGGAUCAGGAAAGUCAACGUUGCUGAAGCUUUUAGCCCGAUCCUACGAUGUCCAAUCGGGCAGCAUCUCCAUAGAUGGCCAGGAUGUUCGUGAUGUUGAGCUCUUCAGUCUACGUGAACGCAUUGGCAUUGUUCCUCAAAAUGCCAUUCUUUUUGAUGACACCAUUAUGAACAAUGUGCGCUACGGCAGAAUCACUGCAAGCGACGAGGAAGUGUUCGAAGCGUGCCGAGCCGCCAGUAUCCAUGACAAGAUCUUGAGUUAUACUGAGGGCUACGAGACGCACGUCGGUGAACGAGGAGUGAAACUCUCUGGAGGAGAGCUCCAGCGCGUGGCAAUUGCCCGAGCGAUACUGAAACAGCCAGAUAUAGUUCUUUUAGACGAGGCUACCAGCGCUGUUGAUACGGAGACUGAACAACAGAUUCAGAGCUCUCUCGCGAAGCUCUGCCAAGGACGCACCACACUCGUUGUAGCUCACCGGCUUUCUACCAUUAUGAAUGCCGACCGUAUCGUAGUUAUUGAAAAUGGCAAGGUUGUCGAGCAGGGUUGUCAUAGUGAUCUCAUUGCCGCCGACGGGCGAUAUGCAGAUCUAUGGUCGAAGCAGACUUUCUUAAAACCGCAAGAUGAGGUCAACGCCGCGGACGAACUCGACGAUACAAACACUGCUGCCAGCGACUCUUGCUCUGAAAGAACCACUACUGAGACAUGCGAGCUACAGGAUGAAAGUCAGAGUAGCAGCGUAUCCGGGAUGAGCAAUGGCAAAUCAGCCACUCAGAAGAAGUGUCAGAAGGAGGGGUCCCGCUUGAAUCCUGUGGCCCCUGAAUUUACACCUCGGGCGACAAUGGUGACAAAGUCUCAAUCCAAAACGACAAAUGAUGUUCAGCAGACUACUUCUUCAACCGCUAGGAAAACCGAGACUUAG